AUAUCUUCUUUAUCAUUUGCAGAUAAUCUUGCCAAAAUCAAAAUGGACUCUUCAAACAACAACAGCUACGAGACAAAUUUCGGCCUAGAAUUAUUUACAAAUCUGCUGCAGACAUCGGAAGCCGCUGCCGAAAGCAAUAUGUGCAUAUCACCCUUUCUGCUGGAGGCUCUUCUUUCCCUAGUUUAUUUAGGAUCUGAUGGCAAAACGGCAGAAGAAUUAAAGGACAAACUACAACUCCAACGUUUUCCUAACAAUGGCAAAAUGGCCAAUUAUUUUGCCGGCAAUUUGGCCAUAGUUACACAAGACUCAAUAGACACACAAUUGGAAAUAUGUUCAAGGAUUCUAGUCAAUGACAAUUUCGAAGUGGAUGCUCAAUUUAAGAAAAUUGCCGAAAAUUACUUUUUAACUACAACCGAUUUAGUUAAAUUUGAAAAUCGUGAGGAAGUGUUAAAGGUUAUAAGAACUAAGUUGGAGAAAUGUUUAAAGAAGAGUUUCGACGAUAUAAGUGUAAAAGAUAAUGCCUUGGCAUUGUUGUUGUUGGCGGCAAAUUUCAAAAAUAAAUGGUUUUUACCGUUUAGUGCAUAUCGUUCGGGUUUAUAUGAUUUUCAUAUAGCGGCAGAUUGUAUCAAAUCCAUACCCAUGAUGUUGGACAAUGAAAUGAUGAUUAAGUUUGUAGAACUUAAAGAAUUGGAUGCCCGAGUAGUGGAAUUGCCAUAUGAACAUGAUGAUGAACUGUCGAUGUUAUUGAUUUUGCCCAAUAAACGUGAUGGUUUAAAGGAAUUGGAAUUGAAAAUAAAAGAUUUAAAUUUUCAAAUCUUAACCGAACAAAUGCAAAUGGAAAGUGUUCAAUUGUUGUUGCCUAAAUUUAAAAUUGAUUUUGAGUGCAGUUUAAGACGAGUAAUGGAACAGAUGGGUUUCAACUUAAUGUUUAGUGAGGAAUCGAAUUUUACAAAUCUUUUAGCGGCCAAUUCUAGUUCUACUGCCUUACCCUUCAGUGAUAUUUUGCAUAAGGCUAGUAUAGAGGUCAAUGAAUCGGGUUCGGAAGCUGCUAAAGUAGAAGCCUCUAAACCCAUUGUUAUAAGCAAUGCCAUAGACAACACACGACAGAAAUUUUUCCGGGCCGAUCAUCCUUUCUUCUUUGCCAUACGCAAUAGAGAGGCCACAUUUUUCGUGGGUCAUGUUAAGCAAUUUUGAAAGCCCCUUUAAGGUUUAAGUUCAAUG